AUGGGCAUAGUGGGCAGUCUCGCCGCUGCUGUCCAAGAUGCGGCGCCCCGAACACUUCUCCUGCCCUGCAUUGCGGUCGCUCUCAUUACUCUGGGUGCUUUUCAGAUCCGAUCAUGGUAUAGGCUGCGCCAUAUUCCGGGCCCGUUACUUGCUUCCGUUUCUGGCGCGUGGAUGGUGAAGAAGGCCCUUAGUGGUCGGUUCCACGAACACCUCCGAAACGUAUCAGACAAAUAUGGUAGACCCCUUGUGCGUAUCGGGCCUAAUGAGGUCCUCUCGACAGAUCCUGAGGUCUUACGAAUGAUGAGUGCCGCCCGUUCACCAUACACAAAAGGCGUAUUCUAUGAAACCGGUCGCAUCAUUCCGGGAGAAGAAACCGUUGUCUCUCUAAGAGAUGAGAAUGCACACAGGACGUUGAGAGCAAAAAUGGGUACGGCGUUUGGCGGCAAGGAGAAUGAGGGCUUUGGGUUUGGAGCCGGCAUUGAUCGUCAACUCAUGUCAUUUAUUCAUCUCAUCGAUACCAAGUACAUAUCUACCGCAACGGAAUAUCGACCAGUGCAGUUUUUCCGUAAAGCCUCGUUCUUCACUCUCGAUGUCAUCGGCGAGGUCUCAUUCGGCGAUGCAUUCGGGUUCCUAAACCAGGAUCAGGACUUGUACCGCUACCAUGAGAUUCACGACGAAUCGUUGCCCAUCAUGAACAUUAUGGGCACGAUGCCUUGGCUCGCUAGAGUGCUUUAUCGAUGGCCUUUCAGGCUCUUGCUUCCCAAAGAGGAGGACCAAGUAGGUUUCGGCAGAUUAAUGAAGUUUGCAAAGGCAUUGAUCGACAAGAGAUUGUGUCCCGGCGCAAUGCCUCAGAGAGAUAUGAUGCAAGCAUUCAUUAACAACGGCAUGUCCCGCUCCGAGCUUAUUCAGCAAGUUUUCGUACAAAUCCUUGCGGGCUCUGUCUCGUCAGCGACAGCCAUGUGCAUGACCUUGCUUUGCCUUAUUACAACUCCAACAUCUUACUCCAACUUGCGGAAGGAGAUCGACGAAGCUAUCCACAGCGACAAGCUCAGCUCUCCUGUUGCAGAGUUCGAGGCCAAGAAACUCCCAUAUCUUCAGGCCGUCAUUAGAGAGGGACUUCGCAUGUACCCACCCGUCACCGGACUAGGGUCCAAGGAGGUUCCCAAGGGUGGCGACUUCAUUAAUCAUCAAUACGUGCCCGAAGGAACACAAGUUGGCACGAAUUACUUUGGUCUCAUGCAUUCCAAGGGUAUAUGGGGCAACGAUGCUGACGUCUUCCGACCCGAGAGAUGGCUAGAAGCAAAGGAGGACCAGCUAAAAAUCAUGAACGGUGUUGUGGAUCUGGCUUUCGGAUAUGGGAAGUACUCAUGUCUUGGAAAGCCUAUCGCUAUGAUGGAACUCAACAAGAUUUUUGUCGAGUUAUUACGGAGAUAUGACUUCACGAUUGUAAACCCCCAAUCUCCGAUCAAGGCGUGGAGCGCCAUCUUCUGGGUUGCGAAUGACUUCUGGCUACGCAUUACCCGGCGGGAAUAA